CCUCCCGGUGGAAAGAGAAUCCAAUGUGGAGAAAGAGGAAGUCGGGCCGCGAACGCGGGACGAGGAGAGCGAGUGGUGAGAGAGAAAGAGCCGGAUCCGGCGUGAGAGGAGAGGGAAAACCACGGGGGCUUUUGAAAAAGUUUUAUCUUGUCGGUGCGCUCGGCCUCUCAGACGCUACCGAACGCCGGUACGGUGUUGUUGGCCACGGCGUGGUCGCGGCCUCCUCGGCGACUAGUUGUUAGCGAAGAGAGCGAACGGAGAGGGAAAGAAAGGAAGGAAGAAAGAAAGAGAAAGAGGGAGAGAGAGAGAGAGAGAGAGAAAGAGAGAAAGACAGAGAGUCCCGGUCGCGCGCCGCGAUUUCCGGUCCCGGUCGGUCCUUCUGUCGUCGACUUCCGUCCACCUCGUCCGCCCGCGGACGUUCGCGCGAGAGAAAAACCGCGAGGACCGCCGAGGAGGAGGCCUCUCGACGAGCGUCAUCCGUAGGACAGAAGGACAACCGCGCGUCCUUGGAGAAAUCAUUCCUCCUUCGCUUCGUCUCGCCAUGUAUCGUCGCUGAGGUGUCCCGUAGUGCCGAUCGAGAGAGAAAAAACGAGCGAGAGAGAGAGAGAGAGAGAGAGAGAGAGAGAGAGAGAGAGAGAGAGAGAGAGAGAGAGAAAGAGAGAAAGAAGCGGGACAGUCAUAGGCAGGCAAAGAGCGAGAAGAAGAGGGUCAGUCAGGAAGAGGGCGAAGAGGUCGAGAAGUGACUCCUUGCCGGUCGCGACAGACGGCCAGCGGCGAAAUGAAGAACCGUGUGUUGCUAAAGAGUGCGUUGCUCCUGCUGCUGAUCGCGGCGGACGGCCUGGUAACGGCGUCAGAGGAUGAUGACCUGAUUUUCGAUCCAGAAGGCAAACAAAUUGCGGCUCAAGUACCGUUGAUCGAAACGCAUCAAGAUGAUUCUUUUUUUCACAGAAUAAAGAGAGGACUUUUUGACUUUUUUGUCUCAUCAUCCACGACCACGACCACGACUACGCAAGCACCACCAGACCAAACAGAAGAAGAGGAUGACGAGAAUCAAAAUCAAGAUAUUGACCAAUCGGUCAUCUCAAAUGAAGGAAAUCACACUCUCGAUCAUCCCGAAGUGCCAAAUGUCAAAGCGAGUAUCGGUGGCAUCGAAAGAUUAACUCUCGAAAAGAACGAGGAUAAUAACGAAGUGGAUGACGAGCACGAAAAUGAAAUCAGCAAUACCGCAGAAAGUCAAAGAAUACCAAUAACAUACGGAAAUAGCGAUGACGAAGAUUUGGCUGGUUCAGGAGAGAUCGAAGGCAGCGCAGGCGAAGUGGGCUAUCCUCCAAGUACAGGAAAUCAACAUCGAAAUACUGAUGGCAAAGCACGAUUCUAUCGAAUAACGUUGACGGUCGUCGAGCCUUAUAGACGAGAGUAUUCUGACAGAAACAGUCCCGAAUACCGAGAGUUGAGCGGCAAUCUCACACAUGCCGUCGAGAAUUUGUACAAUCGUCACAUUCCAGGAUACAAUCAUUUUGCCAGCGUCGUCAAAAUAUCGCCAACAACCGACGCUUUUACGUCACAAGUUACCCUAGACAUUGGUUCGACGUUCACGGACGAGCUCGAGGUGCGUGCCAUCCUAGAGCAACAGCUGCAGUAUCAUUCCUUGGGCAGCAUCCAAGUAGGUCCGGAGGGAUUCACGUUCAGGAUAUUCCAAGGAGACAAGGACACAGAGCCGGAAUGCGAUCAAACAGCCGAAUUAAGGUGCAGAAGUGGCGAAUGCGUGCCUCUAGAAUCUCGCUGCGAUGGCAUAUUACAGUGUAAUGAUGGUUCCGAUGAGGACAAUUGUCCGACAGAUUCGUCAAACAAGACAGAGGACAGAGAUUUUGUGCACGUCACCCUGACACCGCAACAUCGUACAAACCUAUUCGAAGUGUCCGAGGUAAAACCGGAGAUAUCGGACUUCGAUGAUAGGGAGGACGAGGAAUCCACGCUGAGGUCGUCUUCGGAUAAAUGUCGCGCCGACGACACGGUACGCUGUCAAGAUGGCAGUCGUUUCAUUUGUUCGGUGCAGGAGUGCGACGGCGUUCCGGAUUGCGAUGACGGUGGUGACGAGGUCGACUGCCCGCAUCCAGGCUGCAGUGCUGGCGAAUUCGCAUGCGACGUAAAUAGAUGCAUUUUGGACUCUCAGCGAUGCAACUUUGUGGAAGACUGCCAAGAUGGUAGCGACGAACAUGACUGCAAAUAUCCAGCUUGUUCUCCGACCGAGUUUAUAUGCAGAAACGGACAGUGUAUCGACAGUAACAAAUACUGCGAUGGCGUGCAUGAUUGUCACGAUGGAUCCGAUGAACACAACUGCCUGACUACCUGUAGUGGGGAGCAAUUCCGUUGUCUCGACGGUACCUGCUUAAGUAUCGACAAGCGUUGCAACGGAAUCGCCGAUUGUCGCAACGGUGAAGACGAGAGCCAAUGCGGUUGCAGAGACACCGAGUUUCGCUGCACGGACGGCCGCUGCAUCAACUACGAGUUGCAAUGCAACGGGAUGAACGAGUGCGCCGAUGGCUCUGAUGAGAGGGACUGCGAGCGGGAAUGCACGCCUAACCAGUUCAAAUGCGCCAGCGGGAACAAGUGCAUCGAGGACGUCUACAGGUGCGACGACCAUUCGGAUUGUCCGGAUCACAGCGACGAGGAUAACUGCGCUCCGUCCGCUAACGACACUACACACACCACUUCGCCUACCACCAACUUGCUCAAUCCACGCUGGACACCCGAAAGCAGAAGGGAAUGCGAUCCGAGGAAGGAAAUGCGCUGCGAUGACGGCGGUUGCGUUCUCCUGCGGCGUAAAUGCGACAAUAUCUUCGACUGCCUUGACGGCAGCGACGAGCGGGGCUGUGGGGUAUGCACACCUGCCGAAUGGAAGUGCGCCAGUGGUGAAUGCUUGCCAGAAAACCAAAGGUGCGAUGGGAUAAUGCAGUGCAGCGAUGGAUCCGAUGAGGAUCGAUGCGUAACCGAAUGUCGGGCUGGGCAGUUUCGCUGCAACGACGGAUUGUGCCUCGACAUUAAGAGACGUUGCGAUGGCCGGCCGCAUUGCUUGGACGGCUCCGACGAGAUCAAUUGCCCUCAAUGCCCCGACGGCCAAUUACCCUGCGACAAUGGCGUCUGUAUCAAUAAGAACUUCUUCUGCGACCGCAAUAUCGACUGCCAUGACUCUAGUGACGAACGAAAUUGCCCGGAUAGUGGAGAGACCAGCGGUGCGGGCAAAGAAUGCCACCCCGACAGCUUCAUCUGCUCCGACGGCAGCUGCAUCCCUCGAUCUGCGGUAUGCAACGGACGUGCGGAUUGUCCGCACGAUGAAGACGAGAUUAAUUGCCGUCGAGGUGUAGACGCCUCGGAUAGAGCCUCCUCGGGGGGUCGUCCAGAGACGCCGGGGGUGAUAGCCGGUGUGAAUCCGGAUAACGAGGCUUACAGCCCAGACACAGAUGCAAAUGCUGAUGUGCCGCCGACAAAUCUGAGCACGCCGAGGAGUUGUGCUCCGGAUGAUUUUGUUUGCGCCGACGGCACUUGCAUCCCCGAAACCCACCACUGCGACCAUUUCUACGAUUGCCGCGACUUUACCGACGAACAGUACUGCUUCGGAUGCACGCGCGAUCAGUUCCAGUGCGACAACGGGGAUUGCAUCCGCGCCGAUCAGAGAUGCAACGGGUACAUCGAGUGCGCCGACGGUACCGACGAGGAGGAAUGCGAGCCACCAGAACCAUCACCGGGUCAAUGCGCUGUGGAUCAAUAUAUGUGCAUUUCGGAUAGAAGAUGUGUUCCGCUGUCCUCCAUCUGUAACGGGAUUCCGGAAUGCCGAGAUGGCUCUGACGAGGAUAACUGCGAUACCGAUGGAACAUCUGACCUUAGGCUGAAGACUUACCCCAGUGAACAAGUGAUCAAAGAAAACCCGGCGAAGCAAGGUCGCGAGGUCGUGUUCCAAUGCCGUGACGAGGGUCUUCUACGUGCCAGAGUACGUUGGAUUCGCGGCAACGGCCUUCCUCUGCCGCCCGGCAGCCGAGACAUCAACGGUCGUCUGGAGAUACCCAACAUCCAACUGGACCACGCUGGAACCUACAUUUGCGAAGCCGUCGGUUAUCCAUCGUACACUGCGGGCCGUCAAGUGAGCGUCGUUCUCAACGUCGAGAAAUUCGAGCAGCCAGUCACGAGACCGCCGAAAGUGUGUCAGUACGAUCAGGCUACCUGCAGCAACGGCGACUGUAUUCCCAAAUCGUACAUCUGCGACGGUAAAUUCGACUGCACCGAUGGAUCCGACGAGAUGCGGUGCAGUCCUCACGGAUGCGAGCCCAACCAGUUCCGUUGCAAUAAUAAGCAGUGUGUCAGCAAGUUGUGGCGCUGCGACGGCGACAAGGACUGCGCGGACAACAGCGACGAGGAGAACUGCGCGCCGGCUCCCCCAGGAUCCCCGUGCCGUUACAACGAGUUUGCCUGCAGCAGCAACAAGCAGUGCAUCCCGAAGACCUACCACUGCGACAUGGAGCGCGACUGCUUGGACGGCAGCGACGAAGUUGGAUGUUCUCCCGUUUAUAUCGUGAAACCUCCGCCGCCGAUGGUCGUCCUAAUGCCGGGCGACAUGUUGGUCCUCACCUGCACGGCGAUCGGUGUCCCAAUACCAGAAAUCAAUUGGCGUCUCAAUUGGGGCCAUGUUCCCGCGAAAUGCACAAUUGUAUCUACGAACGGAACGGGCACGUUGACAUGUCCGGACAUACAAUCGCAGGAUCAGGGCGCGUACUCGUGCGAGGCGUUGAACGCCGGAGGCUUCGUCUUCGCCGUGCCGGACGCCAUCGUUGUCGUGAAGGAGAACGGCAACAUCUGUCCGAGAGGCAAGUUCAAUUCCGAGGCGAAGAGCCCCGACGAGUGUAUCUCGUGCUUCUGCUUCGGCGUCGCCACCGAGUGCCGCAGCGCCGAUCUCUUCACUUACCAGAUCCCGCCGCCGUUUGAUCGUUACAAGAUCGUGUCAGUCGAAACCGUUCCGACGAUUAGGAUCCACGGCGACGUUAGCAAUCAGAUAUCCCAGAUCCGCCCACUCGGCCGGGACGGCGUUCAAUUGCUGGAGUCCUUCAGCAAUGACCUGAAUGUCUACAAUGUUCCCUACUUCGCGCUGCCGGAGAACUAUCACGGCAGUCAAUUGAAGUCCUACGGCGGCUUCCUGAGAUACUCGAUCCGCUACAGUGGCAACGGCACACCGAACAACGCACCUUCCGUCAUUUUAAGCGGCAACAAUUAUAUCCUGAUGCACAAGGGUGAACAGCCAACGCCGGACUACGAGAACGAGAGAUCGGUCAGAUUCUUCUAUGGCGAUUGGUACAAGCAGCAAGGGAGAAGCGAGGUCUUGGCUUCUAGGGAGGAAAUUAUGAUGACGCUGGCGAACGUAGACAACAUCCUUAUAAAAGUGAAAUACGACGACUCGCCACAGCUGGACGUUCGUCUCACUAACAUAGUUAUGGACACUGCCGACGUUCGAAAUACCGGUCUAGGAUCUGCGUCCUUCGUCGAGGAAUGUCAGUGCCCUACUGGAUAUACUGGUCUAUCUUGCGAGCACUGCGCACCUGGUUAUCUGAGACGUGAGAGCGGACCGUGGCUUGGUCAAUGUUACAGAGAUGAACCGCCAUGUCCCCCGGGAUAUUACGGCGAUCCCUCAAGGAACAUCCCUUGCCAGAUCUGCCCUUGCCCGCUUACUAAUCCAUCGAACCAAUUUGCCCGUACUUGUCAUCUCGGCUCUGACGGGCAACCCACUUGCGAUUGUCCUCCUGGCUAUGUUGGACGCAGGUGCGAACAAUGUGCCACUGGUUACCAAGGGAACCCUCUUAUUCCCGGAGAUAUGUGCGUUCCACUUCAACAAUGUGACCCCAACGGCAGCCUCAGUUCUAACGCCGAUCCACAUACUGGAAAAUGUCAUUGCAAGCAAUACGCAACGGGCCUCACUUGUAACCAAUGUAAGGCAAAUACCUUUAAUCUGGCUUCGACGAAUCAAUUUGGAUGUAUAUCUUGCUUCUGCAUGGGUAUUACCAAUAGAUGCGUCUCCUCUAAUUGGUACAGGAACGAGAUUCGUGUAUCGUUUACCAACUCGAUCCGAGACUUCUCCUUGAUCGAAUCUAAGAGCACUGAUGCACCGGACAUCGUGGAGGGAAUUCAUCUAAACACCAUCAAUCGGGAAAUAGUCUAUAGCGAUUUUCCGAAUCGUGGUAACAACGAUGUCUACUACUGGCAGUUGCCCAGCAUUUUCCUAGGGGAUCAAGUAACAUCCUACGGCGGUAAUCUCAAGUACACCGUCAGAUACGUGCCUUCUCCGGGCGGUCAAAGUUCAAGGAACAACGCCGCGGACGUCGAGCUCAUCAGCGCUAACGACAUCAACUUGCUCUACUACUCCCGCGAGUCUCCCGAACCUAACUCCCAACAAUCGUUCACCGUACCAUUGCUCGAGCAAUAUUGGCAACGUAAUGACGGAACUCAAGCGGACAGAGAGCAUCUUCUAAUGGCCUUGGCGGAUGUACGAGCCAUCAGAAUCAAAGCCACUUACACGACGCAUACAGACGAAGCUGCACUUUCCUUUGUGUCUUUGGAUACCGCUGAAAAAUACAACACGGGUAAGGCGCGUGCGGUCGAAGUUGAAGAAUGUACCUGUCCCGUCGGCUACAGAGGACUUUCAUGCGAAGAUUGCGAUGUUGGUUAUACCCGAGCCAUCGAAGGUCUUUAUUUAGGCAUCUGCGAACCUUGCAACUGCAAUAAUCAUUCGAAUCACUGCGAUCCUGAGACUGGCACUUGUGAGAAUUGCGCCCAUCACACCACCGGCGAAUUCUGCGAGCUGUGCGAACCGGGAUACGAAGGAGAUGCCACCCGAGGCACUCCGAAUGAUUGCGCGUACAGAAGGCCCAAACCCGAGCCAUGCAGAUGUAACGAGGCUGGUUCGCGCGGUAUUUCUUGCGUCGACGGCCGAUGCGAGUGCAAAAGGAAUGUCGAGGGUCCAGAAUGUAAUCGAUGCCGCCCGUCGACAUACGGAUUACGCGCCGAGAACAUUGAUGGAUGCAUCGAGUGUUAUUGCAGCGGGGUAACUGAUCAAUGUCACGAGAGCACAUUGUACGUACAGCAAAUACCGAUGUGGGUAUACGACUCACAUCACGGCUUCACUCUCACGGAUUCGACUAGACGUGACAUAAUCGACGAUGGUUUUGAACUGAACGUGGCGAUGAACGAAAUUGGCUACCGUUAUACGGACAACAGGAAUCGCAGGCUGUUCUGGUCGCUGCCGAGCGUCUUCACCGGUAACAAAGUGAAGAGUUAUGGUGGAAACUUGACACUGACGCAGCAUAUCACCGCGUAUCCUGGCGCUCAGAGUUAUAAGGAUCAAGACAUUUUGCUGAUUGGCAACGGCAUCACAUUGUUCUGGACGAAUCCAGUGGAGCUUCAGCCUGAAAUUCCACUGACCUACUCCGUCCCGUUAAAAGAACACGAAUGGAGACGACUGACCACCGAAGGGCCGCGCAGCGCUUCCAGAACGGAUCUCAUGAUUGUGCUUUCUAAUUUGGAAGCUAUCUUGGUCCGCGCAUCCCACAGCGAACGAAUGACCGCAACAUACAUCAGCGACAUCAGUAUGGACACAGCUGUGGAGAAUGUGAUCGGAAAUCGACGAGCGACUCAGGUCGAGGCUUGUCGUUGCCCGACUGGUUACACGGGCACUUCCUGCGAAACCUGCGCCCGCGGUUAUUACAGGGACACCAGCGAUCGAUCUGUCAGUUAUCUGGGCAAAUGCAAUAUCUGUCCAUGCAACAAGAAUGAGGAAAGCUGUGAGAUCGACAGAUCCGGUUAUAUCAAAUGCCAUUGCCUACCAGGUUACAUCGGGCAGUAUUGCCAAGACAAUGAUGUUGGAGAACGGCCAGAAACAACUACGCCAAGGGACGGCGGUCCAAUAACUCCACCAAGGAUCAUAGUUUACAUACAAGAACCGGAAUUCCAGAUCGUUCACACCGGAAAUACUGUUCGAUAUCAUUGUUCAGGCAGAUCCAGAGAUAGCGACUCAGUGACCAUUAGAUGGGAGAAGGAAGGUGGCCAAUUACCGCCUGACAGAAGCGUGGACGACGCGAGAGGAUUGUUGGUCAUUACGGAUAUAAAGGUGUCUGAUAGCGGCAUAUACGUCUGCCAAGUGAGCGAUGGAAUAAACAUCGGGUAUAAGAAAGUUACGCUGACUGUUGGAGCGUUUCCAAAACAUUUACUGGACGUACCAGGAGCCAAUCCGGUAGAGCCCAGAAUCGAGAUAACUCCGUCAUAUCAACAAGUGACGGAGGGUGAACCGGUAGAGUUCCGCUGCCAAGCCACCGGCAAUCCACCACCCCAACUGGACUGGAUACGAGUUCACGGAAGUAUGAGUCCGGAGGCAACGUUCUACAAUGGCGUGUGGAAUCUUCCAGCCGCGUCAAAGAACGACGCAGCCGAGUAUAAAUGUAUCGCUAGAAAUAACAUUGGCACGGAUGAAAAGAUGACCAUCUUAUAUGUCGAAGACAAUCCUAACAAACCGCCCACCACAGGUAAAUCGCCGACCAUAACUCCGUCCGAGUGGUCCGGAACCAGCGGAGACGUCGUCAGAUUGGUUUGCACACCGUCUCAAUACGGGACGAACGUCACCUGGACGAGAUCCGGCGGAUUACCGUUGCCUCAUACCGCCAGUCAACGCGACGGAAUCUUAACGAUCACCAAUCCCAGCCUCCACGAUUCCGGCAUAUACGUGUGCACCGUGACGACCGUUCGCGGAACGGAGACGAGCACCACUGCCAGGAUUACGAUAGUGCCUCGCGUAGAGCCACUGACGGUCAAAGUCAGGCCGGAACGGCAGGAAGUAUCGCAGGGAACGGUAGCCGAGGUGCGAUGCAUCACCAGCGGAGAGCCAGGCUUACAGGUGAAGUGGAGCAAGUACACGGAACCGAUGAGUUCCCGUGUCCAACAAGUAGGAGACACGCUCAGGAUCGUUAACGCCCAGAUCUCCGAUCGGGGAGUGUACAUCUGCCGAGUUACCAGUCCCGCGGGCAGUUACGAAGCCAGUGCCAUCAUCGAAGUUGAACCUCGUGAAGCUCCAAUCUUAGAGCUGUAUCCACAAGAUGUACAAACGGUCAUCCUCGGCGGCUCUGCCGAUCUUCAGUGCCGCGCAAAGGCCGGCUUCCCGGUGCCCGAAUUGCAAUGGUCGCGACAAGAUCACCGACCGUUCGCCUCCAAUGUCGAGCAACUGCCCGGAGGACUCCUCAGACUGUCGAACAUCACGGCGAACGAUGGUGGUGCUUACAUUUGUUCCGCGUCGAACGAAGUUGGCUCGACAUCGGUCAUCGCGCAUAUCGAGGUACAAUCCAUGCCUGUGAUCACUAUCACGCCAAAGCAUGGCAUCCUGCACGUGAAACGUGGAAGUCGAGUCCGUUUAAUGUGCAGCGCGAGCGGUCACCCGCAACCCAACGUAGCCUGGAGCAAACACGUGAACGGAAUAACUAUUCACGAUACAGCGUUUAGCAGAACGGCAGCUACCCCCUUGAGUGCCGUUUACGAAAUAUUCUCCGUUUCACCGGACGACGAAGGAUCCUACACUUGCCAAGCCAUGAAUACCGUAGGAAUAGCCGAAGAGCGAAUUCAAAUCCGUAUCGAGGAUGAAGAUGAUAUUCCUUGUACCGAUAGAGGUGACAGAGGCGACAUUCCAUGCGAUGAUCAACAGGAACCAAGAGAUCCGAACACAGGGGUAUUGAUUCCUAAAGACUAUUUGAGAAUUCCGGACGGCGGUAAAGUGGAGAUGCGUUGUCAGGUCUUUGGACCAGAUGGAAAUCACAUUUACCUGGAUUGGAAGAGAAGCGAUCACCGUUCCUUGCCGGAAGGUAGCACCGUGCGCAACGGAGUAUUAAGCAUUCCGACCGUGGAUAGGGACGCGGCCGGAGAAUACAUCUGCUUGGGCUUGGACCCUGCCGGCACUGUGCUCUUCAGGGCGAAAUCUCAACUUGAAAUUAUAUCUCCGCCAAGAAUCGAAUUAAAUCCGACGCGACAGACAGUGGGACCCGGAGAAAAUCCAUCCAUAAUUUGCACCGCCAAAGGAGACGAACCCCUGCACAUCGAAUGGGAAGCUAUAGGACGCCUGUUACCGUAUUCAGUGUCGCACAGCGGCGGCAUCCUACAAUUCCAUGGCAUCACCUAUUCUGACGCUGGCAAAUAUGUAUGCAAAGCAACAAAUGGAGCGGGAACAGCGGAAGCGGUAGCAGAAGUUUUGGUCAAUGAACAUCCUUACGACGAUACGAGGAUCCGUGCUGAACAAAGAGACGUGGUGACUCAUGUCGGUAAUUCUGUACGCUUACGUUGCGACGUGCGCGAACAUGCGACGAUCCAUUGGAGUCGAGAGGGUCAAGCGUUGCCGGCCAACGCGCGCAUCGGAGAGGAUUACUUGGAGCUGAUUCAAGUGAAACCGGAGGACAGCGGAAGAUACAUCUGUCAGGCCCAUACUAGCCGCGGUGUAUCCAGCGAUUACAUUAAUUUCAAUGUUUCUCUGUACCGAUCGCAGUGCAGGCAUUGGGAGUAUCAAUGCAGAAGCCUACAAUGCAUUCCAAUGGAAUACUUUUGCGACGGAUAUGUUCAGUGCAUCGACGGUACUGACGAACGCUUCUGCCGCAACACGCGCUAUCGCCAAUAUCUUCAGAGACGACGCGCUGCUACAGUGCCUGUGGUAAGCAUCGAGGUGUCUCGAGAUCCAAUAAACAUCGGCGAUACAGUCGAUAUUCAUUGCACCUGCACUGGAACACGCAGCCCACGUUAUCAUUGGGCGAGACCGAAUCAUGCGAGCCUGCCAACAAAUGCUCAGGAGCAUGGCAAUAUCCUGAGAUUAACUAAUGUAGCUGUCAGCGAUAGCGGAUCCUACAGGUGUAUAGUAGACACGCCCGAAGGAAUAUUCGAGAAGGACUUCAAUCUGAUCGUCCAUGGUGGCAUCCUCGAUGAACCAGCGAUUGAAACUAAAUUCGCACCGUAUGGCUCGAGUCUGGAAAUGGAUUGCCGUUUAGAUCUGGACCCACCGAUACAGUUCCAAUGGAACAAACAUGGUGGACUUCUACCACGUAAUGCUCAGACUUAUGAGAAUAAAUUAAAAUUGACUAACGUAAAAGCCGAAGAUGCUGGAACGUACAUUUGCGUUGGAACCAAUGACGAAGCGCGAGUCGAAGUGCCUACGGUGUUGGUUGUAACAGGAGUCGUGCCUAAUUUUAGUCAGGCACCCGAAAGUUAUAUUGCUUUCCCUCCUUUACCCGACUCCUACCUUAAGUUUAACAUCGAAAUCUCUUUCAAACCGGAAAGUUACGACGGAAUUCUAUUAUACAAUGAUGAAUCUGGUCAUGGCAACGGCGACUUCAUUGUUCUAUCUCUAGCUAACGGAUAUCCUCAAUUCAAAUUCAAUCUCGGUUCUGGACCAGCUGUUAUUCGCGCGGAUAAGCAUAUCACCCUGAGCGAGUGGCAUACCAUCAAGAUCCAACGCAAUCGAAAGGAGGGAACGAUGCUGGUGGACGGCGAGGGACCUUACAAGGUGGUCGCCUUGGGUAGACGUCAAGGUUUGGAUCUCAAGGAACCUCUUUACAUCGGCGGAGUACCCAGCUACAAUAGAAUCAACGAGCAGGCUGAGGCGAGCUCAGGUUUCGUCGGAUGCAUCAGCCGACUGGUCCUCGGGGAGAAACAAGUCGAUCUGAUCGGUGAUCAGACUGAUAGCGUGGGCAUCACGACCUGUGAGACCUGUGCCGAGAAUCCCUGCAACAAUGACGGUGUGUGUCAGGAAGCGGCCACGAAGAACGGCUAUACUUGUCUAUGCCGAGCUGGUUACAGCGGCAAACACUGCGAUAAUCGUGGAGAAUCUUGUUAUCCAGGUGCUUGUGGAGAAGGUAAAUGCGUCGAGAAAGAAGUCGGUUUCGAUUGUUACUGUCCGAUCGGAAAAUCAGGAUCGAAAUGCCAGCAUACGGUGAACGUUUACGAUCCGGCUUUUCAUGACGAAAGAGCUUUCAUUGCCCAUGAGACUCCUAAAGCUGUUAGACGGGAAAGAGAGAGUUCGACCACUACACACAGUCGAUCACGAUUACGCAACGCACAAGUUAGGAAACCACGAUCAAGGCCACAUCACCACAAUAAUUUGCACCACACAAAACAUUAGCUAGACCUAGCCACCAAUGUUACGCACUUAGAGAAUCAUUACUUAUCCAAUGCAAUCACUGCAAUAAUAAAUUACUGCCUACGUAGUUCUAAUCAAUCAUCAUAAUGAGUCACUUAAAAUUUUUGAGAUACGUUUACGCCUGUGCCCAGAAAGAAACAAUCAGUUUAACUUAUUUUUGCGCGAUUUCCUCACUGCCUUUUUUCUCUUUUCUUAUUUUUGGUAUGUGUAGUUGGAAUGGUAGAAAGAAAAAAAUGAAGAAUAAGCAAUGAGUUUCUUAACAGAUAUUUUACAACGAGCCUGCCUAGUGCGUAGUUCCUUGUAAUGGACGUCGAUGGUGCUGUAAUGUUAGAGUAACAGUCAAUUUACGAAUUAGUAAUUAAUAUGUUUUGUACAGCUUCUUAAUUAAUACACUUAACGCGUCACUUUAGUCAUUAUUAAUUAUUAAAAGUAAUACGUGAAGUCACUGCCAAAUCAAUCGCAUUUAACAGUAGUCCCACUCAAGCUUAGAAAAAUCGUAACAUCCCCACAUUCGUAUAUAUGAUCAGUUAUAUACGACAGCAUAUGUAAAAUGUUUGUACUUAUAUAUCUAAGAAUCUAUAUAUAUAUAUAUAAUAUUACAAAGAAAAAGAGAUGUUUCACGUACGAAUCGUUUAUAUACUCAGCGAACUCAUGCUAUACGAAUAAAUAUUUUUAAAGCAAAUAAAAAAGAAGUUAAUA